UAGAAGAUAGAGAAUAGUUUAGCUUUGAAUAUAAUAUGAGGGAAGAGUGUGAAGAUGGAGAGAGAUAUGAAGACGCUUUCAAUGAGUGGGGUAUGAGUAGCAAUUGUGAUUGUGACGUAGAUUGGAUGGAUGGGAGGUCAGGGCGUGUGGGAAGAAGUAGUCGUAUGGAGAGAUUUGAGGAGGGUAUGGAAAUGAUUGGUGAUCAUGACGAGGAAGGAAAAGGGAUAAAUAAAUAGAAGAGAAAAUUCUGCUGCUUUGUACCUGGAUCUAAUGUAGCUUGGAUGUGACAGAAUUGACGGUACUUUUUGUAACAGGCACUACUAAGAAUCCAAAAUACCUGUUCUGUAUAGUUGGAUUGAUGAACAAUGCCUUUAUUUAUUGAGGUGCGAUGAAUUGGCCUUUGUUCUGGAGAGACCCGAAAUAACGCUAUGGAUGCGGUACUUGAUAGCAGAACAGGUGUGAAACAAUGUCUUUCUUCGCACAUAUGAACAUCCAGAUCUUUUAGACUGACAUAUAAGAAAUACACACGAAUACAUCAGAAGUGCUAAGUUCCUAGUAAAACCAUCGAAAACCCGAUUCUCGAAACAAACGCCCACAAAAAUGCCACCCUACGUACCUAGCGAAAAGGCAUACCUCCUCCAUCUCUGCGCCGUCCACGGAAUCACGGGAGAUCAAAUUGCCCCGAAUGGGUCAUGGCAAAGAUUGGUCCAAGACAUGGUUGCCGAAGCACCAAGACACCUCGAAGGUGGUGAUCUUUUCAAUGACGAACCGUGGCCCGUUAGACAAUAUACGUGGGGGAAAAUCCCUUUCAAUUGUAGACGGUGGUUAAAAGUUGGGCGUGCCCAGAUGCGUGAUGCGCAUGCUAUUGCUGGAGAGAAUGACGUGGAUAUUAGGAUGACGUUGGGAUUUAUACUUAAUGAACAGCAGUGACUAAAUAUGGACUCACGACUUGUGGCUGGACCCAAAGUAUCCGGAUAUAAGACAUCUUCCUGAUGGACCUGUUGACUUGAGGACCACAUGCUACGUAGUUCCUAGGCUGGUCCUAGGUGAGACAGUGCGAAAUGAAAAGUUCGUAAGAUAGAUUUGACUUGAUUAACAAUAUAACAAUCGAUAACAAGAAACUUCCUGCAUUUGAAAUGUGCUCUCAUGUGAAAAUUGUAUAUUCAAUGACGAAAAUGAUGACUUGCCAAGUAAUGGGCCAACGGAAGCUUUAUAGUAAG